CGGUGGCCAGUGAAUGAAUGAUCAAAGCCUUUUUAAAGGUUUGGUGGGCGGUGCAUGUACAGUAUUUACACUGUGCCGCUCCGCCCUAGAGCAGGAGAUAGAAAACUGCCUGUGGGCCGGUGGAGGGAUGAAACAAGUGGAAGGAGAUGUACCAAACAGGCAUAUAUUAAUAACUCCACCAAACGCACUACGCCUCGUCGGCUCCACUUCUUUCACCCUAGGACGCUGUAGCAUCCUCCUUUUUGCAUAAAAGGACGAGCGGUCCUUUGCGGUGCUGAAUCGGAGCUUCAUGGCCGCGACACUCGCGAUGAGCGGCGGCGGGCAGGAGGAUUCCUUUUACCCGCUGCAGAAGGCGACUCUGCCCGCUGGAUUCGCUCUGGAGGACUCGGCGUUGUUCGGCUUGGACUGCAAGAUCACAGAAACGGACAAGACUGGACAUAAUGACUACACACAGGCAAAGUAUGAGAUGGACAGGUAUCUCACCCCUCAGUCUCUCCCCCUUCCACCUCAUGCAGACAGCCAGCAGAAGUCCCAGAGAGACAGCGCGUCAGCGCUGGAUCAGUUCUUCACUGAUCACACUGGGUCUCCCUACACCCUUAACAUGAAUCUUUACCUCCCUGACUCUGCCUACCUGAGGAUGGGCUUGGGCCAACAGGUGCGGCCCUCUCAGCACCAGAAUCACACAGGUCUCACUCAAAUCAAAACAGAAUCUGCCUCCCCGUGUUUCUCCACCAACAUACAGCUGCACUGCCCCAACACGACACCGACUAGUCGCUGCAGCACAUCUGGGCAUGGCCCUGGCAAUAUUGCCAUGGAAACCUCAACCAUAAACAUGACGUUAACAGGGUUACCGGACUUCACCAGUGUUUUUAACCAGUCGGGAGGCUGCCGCGGUGAUGAUUCAGUUCCACAAGUUUUCAUCAAACAGGAAAUGUCAUCGCAGUUCGAGCAACAUCCUCUCCACCACCAUGACAACAGUGGCUCACUCUUUCAGCUACUAAACUCCGGCUUGGAACAUCACCAUGGAAAUGGUAUGGAAGCUCAGCAGCAGCAUCAUCAUCAUCAUCACCACCAUCAUCAUCAGCAGCAGCAGAUACAACACACUUCCACAAUCCACUCACCUUUCCAUGAUUUGCCGGUAGCUUCUUCUGCAUCCCAACAAGAGCAGACGGCCAAGCCUGCCUACUGCGGCCUGGGUGGUGGGGCAUACACACAUUCUCAUGCCCAGGCACAUCCCCAUUUUCUCCAGCAGCCGGUUCCCUACCUGCCUCCCUCUCCGCCGAGCUCGGAGCCCGGCAGCCCUGACAGGCAGAAGGAGCUGCUCCACACCAUGUCCCCUCCUCCCUCAUAUGCAGCCACCAUCGCCUCCAAGUUGGCAGGUAGCACCCCUGGACUCGGACCUGGCCCGGGACCAGGCAGCUUAGCCCUGCCCCUCACUACAGGGCCCGUGUCGGACCCAGGCCAAGCCCCAGGCCAAGCCCCAGGCCAAGCCGCAGGCCAAGCCGCAGGCCUUCCCCAAGCACCUGCCACAACCCCAGCCCCAACUCCAGCUCAGACCACUGUGCCUGCCCGCUAUAACCGGAGGAACAACCCAGACUUGGAGAAGCGACGGAUCCACCACUGUGAUUAUCCAGGUUGCAAGAAAGUCUACACCAAGUCGUCCCAUCUAAAAGCCCACCUCAGGACUCACACAGGUGAGAAGCCGUACAGGUGCACGUGGGACAGCUGCGACUGGCGUUUUGCUCGUUCGGAUGAGUUGACGCGUCAUUUCCGGAAGCACACGGGCGCCAAACCCUUCCAGUGCGCCGUCUGCUCCCGCUCCUUUUCCCGAUCUGACCACCUCGCCUUGCACAUGAAGAGACACCAGAACUAGCAGCGUUUGCACACACACACACACACACGCACGCACGCACGCAUGCACGCACGCACGCACACACAAACACACACACACACACACACACACACACACACACACACACACACACACACACACACACACACACACACACACACACACACACACACACACACACACACAAACACACAGACAAGCUGCCUGAUGACACUACAGCUGCUCCUGGUGCUGCUACCAUGUGCUGAAAUUGUACGACAGCCUAACAAACGUGUUGGUCUUAACCCAGAGUUUGAUUGAUUGAUUCGGAGGUUGUAAAGUAGAAACGUAAUGGCCAGGUGAAGUACUUGGUCCCUUAACCUCCAGUUAUACAUGGUAUAGAUUUAUUUAGAUGAAUACAAGGAAGAAAAAAAAAGAAAAGAAAAGAAAAUGGUAGUCCCAAAUGUUUCCAGUCCAUUUAGACUCUUUAAUGUGACUGGAAUGAAAGCACUUACCACUCAAAACUUGUAAACUUUAUGUCUCUAUCCUAACAUAGAACUGGCUUUUUAUUGUUUUCUUUUAUAAAGGGGAAGCUUUGUGUAUUUAUAUAUAUAUAUAUAUAUAUAUAUAUAUAUAUAUAUAUAUAUAUAUACUUUUUUUUUUUUAACAAAUCCUUUGGUUUGCACUAGCAUUUGUAAUUUAAGUCUGAGCCUUUUUGGCCCAUGCAUCUCAUUCACCACUGGAACAAUCUUUAUCACUACUGGACUGAAUCUAUGUGAACGCCACACAAAUUAUUGCUGUUCAGAUAUUAAAAAUUGAAGGCAUUUAUACUCUGGAGAGGGGGAAAAAAAUGAGGGUGGGGUGGAGAUGAAGAGAGAGAGAGAGAGAGAGAGAGAGAUAGAUUUUUGUUUUUAGAGAGAGGAAAUCUGAGGACGACUGAGAAACAGGAAGGUGGAUGGUUGCUAAAGAGCAGCAAUUAGGUGAUGAAUUAUUCAUGUUGUCUUUUCCAACCAGAGAAAUGUAAGCAGAACCCAUAAACAUUAGAAUUCAUUCAGUUAAAACAUAAUUGACAAUUUGAUGCACAAGCUUCAAUUAAGCGUCUUCAAAAUACAAUUAUUGUACAUCUAUCUCAUGCAGCCUUUAUUUUAAAAAACAAUCUUUAAAAUGUUUUAACCAAAGUAUCAUCUUCAUCACCAACACCUUAUUAAGUGCCUCCUUCUCGGAUUUAUGUUUUUGUUCAGUGGUAAUAGAGCUAUGAUCAAUGUAGACAGUCCUUUUAAACACACAUGGUGCUUUUUUUUAUUUCUUAAUCUAUUGAAAUCUAUUGAAAAAAAGGGAAUUUCUUUUAAAAUUACAAGGUUUAAUCAAUCGUUCAAUGUGAUUUAACAGCUCGGCUCAGGCCACUUCACAAACCUUUUUAAUUAAAAUGACAGUCAGUCCUUCCUCUGAGGGUAUUCACCCCGUACACAGCUAACUUGCAAUUUGGCUCUAUCAGUCAAUCGAACAUGGACAUACGUUGUGUUAAAGGAUAAGUUCACAUUUUUUUCAGGUCUUUCUUAAAACAACAUUCCCAUAAGUGCAAUGCGAGAGUUAUUGGUUGAUGCACUGUUCCUCCAGCGAUCUCUGCAAAAAACGUUUUGAAAAAGUAGUAAGUUUGAUAGUAAGACAGUAAGUUUGAUUUUAGUAUCAGCUUACAGUAACUUUGGUUGAACUCCUGAACUGCAUGAAAGAAGUGGAUGUAGCCACCGUGACAUCACCUAUUGGUUUAUAGAUCACUGUUUUGAAGUCUCGAGUUUGGCAUUUUGGCCAUUGCCAUUGUUGGAGCUAGAAGUGAUCAUAUUUGGAUGAGUGGGUGGAGCCAAGAUAUCAGCUAGCUAAGCUGCUUGUUUAACUAAGUGCAUCCAUAAUUCACGUAAGUGUGAUAUUAAUGGGAUGCCAAUUUUGGCAUAGUAAUCCUUUUAAUAAUAAUAAUAAUAAUUAAUUAAAGGCAUUGGCUUCUCUUUUCAGGCCCAGAUGCUACAUCUAUUUCUUUUAUGCAGUACAUUUUUCCACAGAACAGCGAUUUUGCAUUGAAAUCUAUCUUGGAACGUAUCUUGUCACUGUCACUAUGGAUGAGAGGAACAAUCACAUCCUGUAAAAACGUCUUUAGUAUACACAUUGACACGAGAGGAGGCCUACUGUUUUAAGACAGACUCGAAAAAAUGUGAUGUUCACUUAAAUGUCCAUUUUGAUGGUGGGAUUUAGCUUGCGUAUAUAACUGUAUUUGUUCAUUCACUGCAGGUAGCAUUAAGAUAAUAUAGCACUGUAAUGUAUCAUGGUAAAUCUGACUAUUUAUUUGAUUGUGUAGAAGUGGGGGUUGUAUUAGAUCAACCGUCUUUCUCCCCAGCAAAAAUGCCUUAAUGUAAAUAUAUGCACUGUAAAUAACUGUUGAUUUUUUUUUUCCCUCUUUGGUUAUUAUUUUGUAAACAAAAGGGCAAAAAGGAAAAUGCCCUGCAUCCAAAAAUAUUUGAGCCUUUUUGUUUUCUUAAUUUUUUUUUUUGUCAAAGAUAUUUUGAUGCCAUUGUUUUAUAUAUUGUCCUUCCAAUAAUGUUUUUUGUAGAUUUGAUUUCUUCCUAGGUAAACGUUCCAAAGACAAAAGUUGUUUUUCCUUCAACUGAGUGAAACAGAUCCUAAUAAAGUCAACUGACACUUUUACA